CAUUUUAGUGACACCUCAAUGAUGAAACUCAUUCUUCAAAAGCCGGAAGGCGUUGCUGGAGCCUCCUGGCCCGCCAUCGUGAUCGGACUUUUCGUAUCGUUUGGAGGGGUUUUAUUUGGAUAUGACACCGGAACUAUUAGCGGUAUCCUGGCUAUGCCAUACUGGCAGAGCCUCUUCUCAACUGGUUACCGAGAUAGCACAGGUCACUUGAACGUUACAUCUUCUCAAACGUCGGCCAUAGUGUCCAUUCUCUCCGCAGGAACAUUCUUCGGAGCGCUUGGCGCCGCUCCCAUUGCCGAUCGCAUCGGUCGUCGCUGGAGUCUUAUAGCUUCAAGUUGCGUCUUUAUAUUUGGUGUUAUCCUUCAAACAGCUGCUACGGCCAUCUCAUUGUUUCUCGCUGGCCGAUUUUUUGCGGGGUUGGGUGUCGGGCUGGUUUCUGCCUUGAUCCCUCUCUACCAGUCCGAAACAGCACCUAAAUGGAUUCGUGGAUCGAUAGUUGGCGCAUACCAAUUCUCCAUCACAGUUGGUCUCUUACUGGCGUCGAUUGUGAACAAUUCCACAAAGGACAGAAACGACACAGGGUCUUAUCGGAUUCCUGUUGCGGUCCAGUUUGCAUGGGCAAUCAUCUUAAUCACGGGAAUGCUUGUUCUUCCUGAUACUCCACGUUUCAUGAUAAAAAAUGAUGAUUAUGAUGGUGCUGCUAAAGCGCUAGGAAGAUUACGUCGACUACCUGUUGAUCAUAUUGCCAUCCAGGAAGAGCUAGGUGAAAUUCAAGCUAACCACAACUAUGAACUGAGUCUUGGAAAGGCCACUUACCUUGACUGUUUCAAGGGAAAUCUUCUGAAACGUAUCUUGACAGGUUGCGGCUUACAGGCUCUGCAGCAGCUUACAGGUAUCAACUUUAUUUUCUAUUAUGGGACACAGUUCUUCAAAAACUCCGGCUUCAAGAACUCCUUUAUCAUUUCCUUGAUUACAAAUUGUGUCAACGUAGGCUCAACCAUUCCUGGAUUAUGGGCAAUUGAAAGACUAGGUCGACGUCCGGUUCUUUUAUGGGGUGCAGUUGGCAUGUGUAUUUCUCAAUUUCUUGUCGCAAUUCUUGGUACCACAACGACAAGUCAGGACGCCACUGGAGCGAUAAUUGUCAACAACGAGCCAGCUCAAAAAGCAGCAAUUGCUUUCAUCUGCAUUUUCAUUUUCUUCUUUGCUUCAAGCUGGGGACCAAGUGCUUGGGUUGUGACUGGUGAAAUAUUUCCUCUCAAAGUCCGAGCGAAAUCCCUUUCGAUGACUACGGCAACAAACUGGCUAUUAAACUGGGCCAUUGCCUACUCGACUCCUUAUCUUGUUGACUAUGGUCCAGGGAACGCCAAUUUACAGUCAAAAAUCUUCUUUAUAUGGGGCUCAUGCUGUUUCCUCUGUAUUGCCUUUGUAUAUUUCUUAAUUUACGAAACCAAGGGCCUUACUUUAGAGCAAGUUGAUGAGCUCUACGCUGAGGUCAGUGAUGCAAGGCAUAGUUUGAACUGGGUUCCUUCUAUCACCUUCAAAGAGAUCCAAGAGGGUAAAGGAGAUGUUGUUCACCAGGAGAAGGCAUAG